AUGGAAAGCGUACCGGGGUGGCAAGUAAGUUUUCUAGGUGGAAUAGCAACAUGGAUUGUGUUUUCUUCAAUUCUCAACGUGACCCAGAAACUCAGAUCUCUUACACAGCCAUGGAUCUCUCGCUAUGUAAUGUCUGGUACUUCCAUUGUUCUCAAGAUCCAGAAAUACGAGCAUAGAUAUUUGGAUGCGUUAUUUUCUGGGCUGUCUUGUGUAGUUUCCGUGCCUUUCUACACUGCCUUUCUUCCUUUGCUCUUCUGGAGUGGGCAUUGCAAAUUGGCUAGGCAGAUGACUCUUUUAAUGUGCUUUUGUGAUUAUAUGGGAAAUUGUAUAAAGGAUGUGAUAUCAGCACCCAGACCAAGUUCACCACCUGUUAGGAGACUAACAGCCACAAAAGAUGAGGAAGAUAAUGCAAUGGAAUACGGAUUACCUUCUUCACAUACUCUUAAUACUGUCUGCUUAUCAGGGUACAUGUUACACUACAUCCUGUCAUACACUGGAAGCCAUGAUGUCAGCACAGAAUUAAUGGGGUUUGCCCUGGUUUGUUUGGUUGUUGGUCUUAUUGGCGUGGGAAGGAUUUACCUCGGGAUGCACAGCUUGAUCGACAUUAUUGGUGGUCUAGCUCUUGGAUUGGGGAUUCUAACGUUGUGGCUUUCUGUUGACAUGUACAUAGAUGAUUUCGUGGUUUCGGGACAAAAUGUUGCGUCGUUCUGGGUUACGCUUAGCUUCUUGUUACUCUUUGCUUACCCUACACCAGAGCUUCCAACUCCAAGUUACGAGUAUCACACAGCCUUCAAUGGUGUUGCCUUGGGAAUUGUAAUUGGGAUACAGCAAACAUAUCACCAGUUUCACCAUGAAAAUGUUCCGCGCAUAUUGAUCUCUCAACUCGGGCUUCUUGCUUUUGUGGUUAGAAUGCUUGUGGGAAUCCCAACAAUACUUCUCGUGAAGUUCUGUAGCAAGGCACUGGCCAAAUGGAUUCUUCCCAUUCUCGCUUACACUUUGGGAAUCCCUGUAAGAUCAACUAGCUACAUACCAGCAUUAAAUGGUACGGGUAAAAGGUCGGAUCUUAAGCAAUCCAGCUAUGUCCAAAAACUGUUUUUCUUCUCAAAGCAGACCUCAUUUGACAUUGACACUGGCAUAAGGCUCCUUCAGUAUGCAGGUCUUGCCUGGUCUGUUGUAGAUCUCGUUCCUUCUCUAUUCUCUCACCUAGGCCUGUGA